CUUAUAAUCAUCAGUGUGACUUGCGUUGUCUAUCCCAACCCAGCUCAUUCUGCAGUUGCUCAGGCUGAAGAAAGCUGGUCCUAUAAGAUGACGGAGUUCGCCAAAAAUUGCCUGGCCGUUCACAACGAGCUUCGCGCCAAGCACGGCGCCCCCGCCCUGAAACUGAGCGACAAGCUGACGGAGCACGCUCAGAAGUGGGCGGAGCACCUGGCCAGUCUCGGCCAGCUGCAGCACAGCCACGGGAGCGGGUACGGAGAGAACAUCGCCGUAACGUACGGGCCGAAUGGAGGCGCCGAUAAGCCAGGUAAAGCCCCUGUUACACAUAACCGAACAUGGCCGCCCGGAAAUAUCUCCCCCCACAGCUGUGAACUCCUAGCCUGGAGCAGGUCGGGAGCUGGUGUACCCCGCUACUUCGUGGAGCAGUGGUACAACGAGGUGGAGAGGUACGACUUCGGAGACAAGAGUGGCAACUUCGGCCAGUCCAGCACAGGCCACUUCUCGCAGGUUGUGUGGAAGGAGACUGAGGAGCUAGGCGUGGGCAUGGCUAAGAGAGAGAAUUCGAAUGGCAUGACUAAGUAUAUGAUGGUGUGCAACUACAGCCCGCCCGGUAACAUGCUGGGGGCCUUCCGCGACAACGAUAAGUUUGUCUACGUGGACAAUAUGGCACGUUUUGGAUGCUCCGUUGUCCUGGUCUGUGUGUCGGUCAUGUGUGGGAUCCUUGGGGUGGACUCUCAACAAAAGGUGACGGAGUUUGCCAAGAAUUGCCUGGCCGCUCACAACGAGCUUCGCGCCAAGCACGGCGCCCCCGCCCUGAAGCUGAGCGACAAGCUGACGGAGCACGCUCAGAAGUGGGCGGAGUACCUGGCCAGUAUCGGCAAGCUGCAGCACAGCCAGGGGAGCGGGUACGGGGAGAACAUCGCCAUGUAUGCGCAGUGGGGUCUUGGAAGCGCCGAUAAGCCAGCCCGCUACUUCGUGGAGCAGUGGUACAGCGAGGUGGACAGGUACGACUUCGCCAAGAGCACCUACCAGCCCGGCACAGGCCACUUCUCGCAGGUUGUGUGGAAGGGGAGUAAGGAGCUAGGCGUGGGCACGGCUAAGAGAGAGAAUUGGAUGGGCAUGACUCUGUAUGUGACGGUGUGCAACUACAGCCCGCGCGGUAACAUGCUGGGGGCCUUCCGCGACAACGUGCAGACCGAAAAUUAGAGGAAACAACUCGCCAACCACUACAGUAGUCUCCAUCAGACUUCUUGGGAUCACGUACAUAGCAAGUAGCCUCCCUAACAGCCAUCCACUAGCGUUUCGACUAGCGUUAACAGUCUUCGACUAUUGUCUCCCAAAGUUUAACAUUGCCACUUUUGUAAACGUAAGUAUAAGCUAGGCUACUAGCCUCCCUCUGUUUUCAAAACAACAAAUUCAGUACAAUACAAUUACAUGCGGUACCUGUAACGGUGCUGUGUGUAUUUCUAGACAACAUUGACUAUUCCACAGAGUACGAUGGAGACUAACCUCUGGUUGGAGAUUAACAGAACAGUUAUAUAUUAUCAGCUACGUUAUUCUGUAUCGCUUGCGCGUGCCAGUACUAAAAUAGUA